GUGCUUGCGGGGGGUGGCUCCAUCAGCCCUGUCGGCGUGAUGAAAACCUACCCGUCCUGGGAAACGGUCCAGACUUUCAAAGACGUCGGCAGAGUCACGUCCCUUCAUUUCAACUUUCACUCCAACCUCCUCUUGGUUGGCAGCAAUGAUGGGCGGACGAGAGUCAUGUCGUGGCGUCACGGGAAGGAAUUGCUCUCCUGGGAAUUUAGCUCCAAAUUCAACGAACAUCUCCACACCCAGUUCUACUUCAUGGACAAGUUCGUACUCCAACCCCAACAGAGUUCUCUCGCCUUGUACGCCAUUGGUGAGAUGGAUGGAGAGGACUCAAAUCCGCUGGCGACUCUCAAAUUUCAGAAACGGCUGGCAGCAACAUUCCCACUAGACGCGCAGAGCAUUACGGCCGUGGCUGCACCAAAUCGGUUCCUCUCGUCUCAAAUCCUGGCAGGUCUGUCCAACAAAGGGUUUCAAGUUAUGGACGUGAAUGCGGAGCGCGUCUCAUUCUCCGUCCGCUGCGCUCACUCCAAACCCGUGACCUGCAUCCGGCUGAACGAGGCGCCGCUGGGUGGCGUACAAACGUCUCACCUUUCCGAUAUCGUCCUCACCUCCGCCCCCUCGUAUUUCGACCCCGUCAAAUUGUGGGAUCUCCGCCUCGGAGCUCCCGUCCUUCGACUGAGCGAUAUCAACGCUGCCAUAUUCGUACCCCCUGCGAGACCGGCGCUCUCACCCUGUGGACGGUUCAUUGCGACCGGAUGUGAGGACAACUCGUUGAUUUUGUACGACACACGGCGGAUGCAAUCUCGUCACAGUACGUUUGGGCAACUAAAAUCGACAGUGUUGGACUGCGUGUUUGACCCCGUGACCCCUUCAAUUUGGGCAGCCUGUCGGGAUGGAUGUUUUUGGAAGUUUUCCUAAUAGUUUGUUUCCUUAACCUUGAUUUAUUUGUGUAUGCACAUACCAACUAUCUAUUACAGACAUUAGCACUCAUUGUGUGGUUUUAUAAUUCCGAAUUUUGUACAAUAGUCUUAGUCUAUUAAUAAGUGAGUAUCCGUCCGUAUGUUAUGCAUCAUUGUGAAUAUGCCUUUGUUUGCAUGGAAUAAAAGAGCUUGCAUAAUACUGCAUACGUCAGGGAGCCGAGGAGUGUGUCUGGUUGGUCAAAUGUUGAGCAUGAGCACCGCCUGAUCUCCUUUCCGUCGUGGCGGCGCAUAAUUCUCAGAAUUCUACUUGUUACACAACGUAGCACAAACUUGUUUUCGUUCGGAAAAUGAUGGGACGCCAACAGAUGUGGGCGAAGAACAACUGGAACUAAAGCAGGACAAGAAGAACACACGUACGUUUCUUUUCUAUAUUACUAUCUCACCAUUCUCGAUGAUCGGAGGGAUUUAAGAGGGAGAAUAAUCCAGUGACCAGAUUGAAGAUGAACGUCUUGUGCAGCUGCAUGCGUUUCCAUCCUCAUCACGGCUCCAACAUUGAGUUGGACGAAGAUGGGGUGGUGGCGUCAAGAAAAAAUUCGUUCGCCAAUGCCCUCACCUUCUCAGAACGACCCUUGGCCCCAGGGGAGAUAUUUCUGAUCCAGAUUGAAGAAAACGAGUCAGGAUGGAGUGGCUACGUCCGGCUGGGCCUGACACAGAAAGACCCAUCUUCCCGUUUUGACCUCCCCCUCUACGCCCUCCCUGAUCUCAUCCCCAUCGGACCAAGUUGGGCCUACGCCAUCACUAAAACAGCCAUUUCAGCAAGCAUCAAAGAAGUCGAGGACAGGGAGGAAGUUUUGGACGAGUCGGAACAAAAUCUGGUCAACUACAAGCGAUUUCCUAGAGUGGUUCAUCGUCAAGGCUCCAUGGUUCGCACACCACGUGGGCUCAUUCACGAGAACACCCUCCUGCCCUACGGAGGAGAGCCGCGCCUCCCUCCGGGCGGACUCCCGACAGACGUGGGGUCACGAAUCGGUGUCAUGUUCGUGCCGACGAGCGAGUUUGGGGCAGCCAUGCACUUCAUUAUCAACGGAGAGGAUCAAGGACCCUCCUCUCUCGACAUACCCUUCACCUCAGCCCCACUCUAUGCCGUGGUGGAUGUGUACGGAUCCACGAAGAAGGUUCGGAUUGUGCAGUAUGAUGGAGCCAAAAACUUGCAGGCCUUGUGUCGGUCGGUGAUUCUCAAUUCGAUCAAAAUUUCGGGCGUGUGCAACCUUCCUCUUCCCCCACUUUUGAAAAAUUACCUCCUGUUCUCCGAUUAGAAACACUUGUGCAUGUGAGUGCAUCACGACCGGGCGACCGAAGCAAGACUGACAACAUCCAACAAACUAAAGUACCCACCCACCCAUCAAGUAACCAAGUAUCCAGCAACACACAAGUCCCUUCAUAUUGUUACCACUACUAGAUGUAUGUCAACCAAAUACUGUAACUAAAUAAUACUACACAAACGAUUGUCAAUUAAUAGUUCUCGAUUUGUCAUGCGAGGGUGCAUGCGCACAUCCGCAGAAGAGAAUCAUACGCUGGGGUUGCUUAAUUGUUACAAAUAUUUAUUUAUGGUGCUGGAUUCUUACCUGGCAGUAUGAAAAUAGACAAUUCAAGUAUUAUUAGGAUAGUUAUGGGAUGUAAAUGCACGGACGGUGUAGUAUUUUACUUUGGAAUUGUGUUUGAUGGUUGACCAGGGUCAGACUUGAGCGCACUCGACCCGGACCGUUCAUGGAAAAUUGUCAAUAGUUCCAAAAUAAUAUACUUGUAAUUCCGCAUUGAAUUUUGUUCAAGUAAGAGAAUGAUAAGAGAAUCACAAAAUGAGACGCAUUAGUAAUACUAAUUUAGUAUGUAUUCGUAUAAUAAAUGGCCGCCAUAUGUUGUGAUGAUGAAGACGUGAUGAAGAUAAGUAAAUAAUACACCGAUAAAACCUGUU